AUGGUCAGCAUGCCAGAAAUGCGGUCGCAGGACCAAUCAAGUGCACCGCCACCACCCAAUUUGCGGGAAAGCGGGUUCAUACCCCCCGAGGAGUUGAUUGUGCUGGAAGACUCGCCGCUGGGCUUUGGGUCGUUUGGACAGGUGUACCACGGCUUUGUGUACCACCAAGAGGUGGCCAUCAAGGUGUUGAACCACGGUGUGGCCAAGGACUUGGUUUGGACCAUGAAUGGUGAGGUGCCAGCUGACCCGAGCGAGCUGGACAAAAUGCUGAAGAGAAACCCGACGCUGCUGACGCUGGAUCGGGAGGUCUUCUUCUUGCAGCAGCUGCGACAUGAGAACGUCCUCAACUUCAUGGGCUUCUGCGUUGACCCUCCCUGCCUGGUCACAGAGUACUGCGAAAAAUCUUCACUGUACGACGUCAUCGGGAAGAUCCAGGAGCGCCCCAGCUAUGAGGCGAAGUUCAACUGGAAGAGGCGAAUUGAUCUGGCUUACGGAGCUGCAAAGGGGAUGAUGUACUUGCACACACGAACACCUCCUGUGGUCCACACAGACUUGAAGUCGCCAAACCUUCUCGUCACCAAAUGCUGGAAAUGCAAAGUGGCUGACUUUGGAACAUGCAAGUUUGUCGACCCAAAGCGGAACCAGUCGCACAUCAGGGUCAACAAUCCUUGCUGGCUGGCCCCGGAAGUGAUGAAUGGGGCGGAGGCCACAAUGGAGUCCGAUGUGUACCCUAUGGGCAUUAUCCUCUGGGAGUUGCUCACACUACGUAGGCCCUUCGAGAGCGAGACUGGCACAGAUGUGUACCCAGCACAGAUUCAAGGGGGUGUGCUGUUGCGUGACGAGCGGCCUGCGAUCCCGGAGGACCUUGGUGCCACUGGGUGCCCUGUUGUGGAGGAAUAUGUACAGCUCAUGAAGGAAUGCUGGGACAAGGACCCCAAGAAGCGCCCGACGUUUCCGGAUAUCGCAUCGCGGCUGAUCAAGAUGCAGUAUGCGAUUAGGGGCAAGGCGCCUGUGAAGUUGCUUGGGAGACCCUUGGUUCAUCACCAAAAUGGAAAGAUGCAGAGACCGCCCAGAGCAUGCAGGGACCCAAGCGUCAGUUACCCCACUGCUGUGCGGGCGCCACUGGUUGGGAAACAGCCCACCGAUGGAGUCUCCGCAAACCUUUGCGCCCCAUCCGGCCGACCCCACCCGUCGCAAACCUAUAUGUACAUGCCCCACCAGAUGUCCGAUGGGACAACAGAGGUGUCUCCUACCGAGAGCCCAUCACAGCCGCCAAGGCUUCCACAGCGUUCCAAACGGGCGUUCGCCAGCUGGUUCAGCAAGUAUGUGAUACGCUGGAUGGCCUGUCUGCGUGCGCCACGCGUUGUGAACCCUCCUGCUCCCAAAUAUUACGUGGGGCCGCCUGCUGCUGCCCAGGUGGUGCAUGACACACUGGAAACGCCGGUGUCGCCCUUUGAUAUCCAUCGGCAGAAGUUUUUCAAUCGGGCUGUGUCGAACAUUUCGGAUGUGGCGGAAGCCUCGGCCGACCCUGAAGGUAAUCCAGUGCAGAGCGGCACAGUUGGAAGUGGGGUUCCUGCCAUUGAUGAAGAUGACGACGCCACAGACUCGAGCUGCGCAAGCGAGACUUCCUGUAGCCCGAAUUGCGACGGGGUUUGGAAUAGCACUGCAGAUAAUCCUCCUGUGAGUUGCCCAGGCCAGCGUGAGCCAGCCCCUCCACCAGGCUACCCAGGUGCCCCCACGCCCACCCCGCCACCGGGGUACCCAGGUGCUAGCAACCCUGUGGCAGGCCCGUCUGCUCCAGAGACACUAUCAGCAAGCGUCUCCUUUCCAAACCAUGGAACCUCCCAGGACCCAGCGAGGCUCCGGCAGCUUGUCACUGUCAUGUCGAAGGCAUACCGCUCCAAAACGAUGGGGGCCCGGCAAGCGAUCCGGGUUGUGUCCAAAGAUCCACCGUCCUUGGACAAGUGGCAGAAGAUGAGAAGCUACGUCCUGCGGGGCGAUGUCCAGACCGAGCUGCAGGGGAGGGAGGAGUGGAAGGGUGUGGUUAAGUUUGCACAGGAGAAUGAAUCAGCGCCCGAGAAGACAGGCUGGGAUCAGUGCAUAAAACUGGUGUUCGGGAACUCGAAGAUCAGGCAUUGCGAGCAGUGGGAUAGGGUGAAGGAAUUCAUGGUUGGUGAUGGUCGGCUGGAGGCACCGCUGCCAGAGGCUGACAGCGAGCCCUUGUUUGAGGACUUAUCCAGUGUGUCGUUUCCAGAGGCUUUGAAUGAGGAGGCUUAG